CGUGUGACUCAUUCUCGGGGCCCCCGCCGACUAACCCCCAUCGCCAUCGUCGUCAACCGAUUCGUCAUCAACUUCUCUUCCUCUCUAUUCAAUUCUUAUUUGUCAAAAGGUUUUGAAAUCAAAAUAAAACAAAAAUGGAAGAGGAUCAAGAGGAACCACCAUCCUCAUCAACAUCAUCAGAAUCUCCAGAAGUUGUUCUAAAAGCUCCAAAAGCUCCAACUCGAAGAAGGAAAAAUUCCAAAAAGGAUCGGCGACAGGAUAUGGAAGUAGAUGAUGGCGAGAAGGAAAGCACAGCACAGUACUGUAAAGGAUUUUAUGAUGCCCUUCGUGUUAUGCAAACCACCAAUAAAUAUGAAUUCACUGGAGGAGCUGUUUCAUCUCCAGUUCUCCCCGUUUUACAGACAGCAGCAUUCAGUCCAAUCACACCGGCAUCUGCAAGCGACAUGCACACAAUUGUAAUGUCUUUAUUGGGUAAUACUCCAAUAACAAGCGGCCCAUCAAUUGCUCCACUGUCAUCACCAACUUUAUUGCCACUGGUCACCUCAGGAGAUCUGGACGAUCUAUCGAUGAAGAUUCUGGCCUCGUCUGCCAUUCCCGGUCCACCAAUAAUUUCGUCGUCCAAUUCGCCAGACUCUUCCACAACUGCGGUUACCACUUCUCAAAUUACGGCUUUUCAACCGCUUCUAAACAAUUUCGUUUCGUCAACAACCGCCUCCACUUCACGUCCUGAUAAACUCAAUUUAACUCCACCACAACAAUCCGCAGAAAUUUACGCUUUCAACGGUGUCAACAGUGACGAUUCAGACGGUGGAUUAGAUUCUCGAAGUGCUUCACGAUGCGGGAUGGCACUCGAUGACCAAGAAAAGAAGAAGCUUGAGAGAAAGAGAGCUCGCAAUAGGCAAGCCGCCACCAAAUGCCGUCAAAAGAAAAUGGAUCGCAUCAAGGAGCUGGAAGAACAGGUUCUCCACGAGAAGCACCGCGGUCAACGCCUUGACGCUGAACUCCUCGAGCUCAACAGAGCUCUUGAACAUUUCAGAAGAACGGUUGAACAUCACUCGGGAAAUGGAUGCCCGAACAAUUCGAUUCGUGUUUAAACGAAUAUAUUAUCAACUCAAAACUGCCUCAUUUUAUCCCGAUUAUCAUCAUUCUACCGGCAAUUACUUUUUGAGCAAUUAGUGCAAUUAGUAAUAAUAGAUCACAUGUGUUUCCCACUCUUCACCUUCUCAACAUUCCCUGCUCAGGGUAGAUUGUAUUGUUUCGUUUUUUCUUCUUUUUUUUUUGAAAUUCAAAUAUCUCAUUUAACAAUUAUUUUUGAAAAGAAAAACCAAAAAUUAUUUAAUUUUAAAAUUUAAUUGUGAUCGUCAACGUCUCGUUUUUAAUUUUGAAACUAAUCAUUUCUGUCUUUGUUUGUUUGCCGUAAAGCAAUAAAUUUUUAUUUCAAGAAUGA